AUGCAAAACCUCCAAACGGCGCCGUACCUCAAGACGAAGAAGAAGCUCCGGUCGGAGCUCCCUCGCCGGAGGAGAUCUCAGAUCUCUCCGGUUCUGUACUCGUCUCUCAAGUUCAAUGCCCCCAGUGAGACCUCUGGUUUCUCUUCCUUCUCUGUGAACUCGAACUCGUGCUCGUACUUCGGCGGUGAAGUUUCGUGCGAGUCAAGCAGAGUUUCCGUUGGAUCUGAGAGCGAGGCGAGGUCGAGUUUGAGGAAGAGACACUUCGACGAAACUGAGAAACACCGUAAAAUACUGUUUCGUAGAGUUACUAGAUCGUAUAAUGGAGGAAAGGCGGAGAAGAAAGAGGUCGGUGGAGACGGCGAACCAGAGGUUUCUGAGUCGUCGUGUGUGGAGUCCAAUUCUGGAGCUCAUUUUGGGGGUUUCGUUGACAGAAAGUUGAAGCUAAAGAGUAAGAGAGGAAAAGGAAGUGAGAUUGUGAACGAAAUUGGAGGAAACGAAGGUUCUGAAGCAGUUAGUAGACCAGAGAUUUCCGAGUCCGAUAAGGUCUCAUUGGAAUUCAAGGAAAACGAAGUUACGUCAUUCAACUCUGGCAUCGAAUUGUGCUCUGAAUCGAAAUUAGCAGAGAAAACGGUCAAAGACGGCGAAAACAGAGCACCGGAAUUUGAAUUCCCUGGAAUUUCUGAAAACUACUUCGGUGAAAAUUUCGCGAUUUCAAACUCUGAAUUGACGAUAGAGCAGAGGCCAGACAGCUUGCAAAUCGAUUCUGACCUUGGUUGUAAGGAGCAGUUCUCCUACGACGACGUCUCAGAGUACUCUUCGAGUCAGACAUUGUCGGAGCUCCAAUCGAAUAUUUUCGACGAAAAUUCCGAGCUCAGUCUCUCAGAGUACACUCCGUCUAUUUACUUCAAUUCUGGAAGCGAAUUCUCGGAGCGCUCGGAUGAAGAUUCAACUCAUUCACCUACUUUCACCUUGCUCCUUCAAUACAGAGAAGAAUUUACGAGAUCGAGCACUGCUUUAUAUUUCAUUGCUGCUUCCUGCGUUAAAGAACUUUAUAAGGAUGAUUAUACAUUUCUUAAGUUCGAAGACGAGGAGGACGAAGCGAGCUAUCAGCUGCUUAGGAACAGAGAGAGGAUACAAGUAUUUUUGCGAGACUACACGGAGGAGUACUCUUCCACGACGGAAUGCGGCGAUCUUAUCCUCCAGCAACGGUGGCAAAUGGUCCGUUGGAUCGUCGAGCGAUCGAAUCAAACGAAGCUACAGCAGGAAACGAAGUUUCUAGGAGUUAGCCUCCUUGACCGAUUCUUAAGCAAAGGAUUUUUCAAGAGCAAAAGGAUCCUUCAGAUUGUUGGAAUAGCCUGUCUAACUCUAGCCACCAGAAUAGAAGAAAAUCAGCCCUACAACUGCGUUCGGAAAAGGGAUUUCCAUGUAGGAAGCAAUGUGUACAGCAGAUGUGAAGUGGUUGCUAUGGAAUGGCUAGUUCAGGAGGUCCUCAGCUUCCAGUGCUUUCUGCCCACCAUCUAUAACUUCUUAUGGUUCUACCUGAGAGCUGCUAGAGCUGAUGCCCAAGUGGAGAAGAGAGCCAAGUACUUGGCAGUGCUGCAGAUGUCGGACCAUGUGCAACUUCGUUACUGGCCUUCAACAGUUGCAGCUGCGCUUGUCAUCCUUGCUUCUUUAGAAGGCAAUCAUGAGGCGUCCCGCCAACGAGUCAUAGAGACUCAUGUGAGAACAGAAGGUGAUGAUUUACAUGAAUGCAUAGAGAGCCUAGAGUGGUUGUUACAUUAUGUGUGACUUAUGUUUGCCGACUCCCUUAUCAAAGAGAUGGAUGGAAGGGAGAUCAAGGUAAAGCCUGAUCAAUAGGUAACAAAACAAAUCUGAUUUUUUUCGUCAAUUAAGACGACCGUGCAGCU